AUGGAUCGUCACGUUCACAUCAGGUGUUCUUUCAACCCGGACCACUGGGUCCCUCCCGAUUCUAAGCACUACUCUCGCUUUCGCAACAUAACCAGAGCGGCGCUGGGGCUCGAAAGGCUCACCGUAAAUUCACAUGGGCUCUUUGAAGCUCUGCGCGACGCCUUUGGAGCCAAGCAGACGGAUAUGGACAAGUACCUCAAUCAGAAGGUUUCCGUCAUACGGGACCUUUUCCCCAAACAGCUGGCCUCAACCAGCCCUUACCUCAGUGAUUUCGACACGAAAACCUACUUCAAUCAAUUCCAGGUGGACCCAGCUCAGCUGAAGAGAGCCAUGCUCAAGGUUGCGGGGGAGGGGGGUCCUGAGGUCGUCAUCAAUGGGGAUGAGUUUCUCUCUCGGCUGCUGCAAGUGGUCGAGCUGGACGCGGAACGUUUGGACCACGUGGCAUACAAUUUCAUCAUCGACUUGUUCGCGAAGGCGAGUAAGGGAACGAAGACGGACACCAUCUUCCAGAUCGAAGAAGACGCGGGGAUGCUCAGUGUCUUCGGUGACGGGGAAUGGACAGCUCUCGACGACGAGUUCCCCAGGGGGGUAACAUGGGCCUUCCUCAAAGACCCCGAACGGUGCCAGCUCCCGACCCUGGAGCCCCCACCAUUGCCACCGUUUCAGCCCGAAGCCCCACCUCCGCCCCCGGAGCUACCGCCCCAGCCUCGAGUUCCGCCUGUGCGUUUGCGCCCGCCCCAACCACAGCCCUCCUCCGUCGACAAACCCAUUACUCGGACCAGCCCGCGGAGAACAUCUCGCCCCAGCGAUUCCGAUUCAGAUUCUGACUCUAACGAGGAGGAUAGCGAUGAGAGCGAUGAUGACGGGCCCCAGGGAGGUGCACACGGAGAGCGGGGAAAGCAGGGGGCGAGCGAGGAUGUGGAGGCGGCCGGCGAGAGUGGCGAGCAGAGCGACGAGGGUAGCGAGAGUGAGGGUGGAGGCGCGGACAACGGGGGCAGCGAGAGUAGCAGCGGGGGCCGCCCGGUGACGCCAUCGACGCCCCCCACCCCCGCCUGCAACGAGCAGAUCGUGAGGAAUGUGCUCGCUCCGCGCAAUCUCAAGCUCGAAGAGCUGGAGGAUCAGGACAAGUUGUACCGCAAAAAGAACUUUACCAAGAGAGACGCAAUGCUGGCGACACGUGAUCUUGCGAGGGCAGUCCUGGGAGGCAGAGUGGCUGUCAAUGCGGUCAACGGGGGAGCGGAAGCAGGUGUCGGCAGGGCCCCGCAGAGGGAAGCUGAUGCGGGCGGGUCCGCGACCGUCACGAGCAUUCUCGGCGUGGUGACGGCUCAGCAGGCCACCUUGCUCAAAAUCAUAGAUAAGCAACAGGAAGACGCUAGGGAGGAGAGGGCCGGUCUCGUCACAACGAUGAUGACUAACGUGCGAGCGAUGUCGCAGAAACAGACGGACGGUAUGCAAGCGUUUGCACGGAGUUUGAUGCAGUCGACUGCCCGCCACCCGGCAUUCCGCAUCGAAGAGCAACCGGCUCGCUCCACCGACUCGAGCAGGUCGGACAAGAAGAGGAAAGACCCCGGCUCUCGGUUCGAGGAGAUAGGGAAGAGGAAGACUAGCUCGAGGCAGUCUAGAUAG